AAGAAAUACUAUCUCUAUAUACUUUGCAGUCCCUGGUAUUUUAUAUUAUGUUCUACAUUAGCAGCUUUGGUAAUGCACUGCUAUCAUGGCUGAACAAAGGCAACGUGCUUUGUCAACAUCAGGUGAAGCGUUAUAUGAAAUCCUGGCACUAGAGAAGGGAGCAACACAUGAUGAGAUUAAGAAGUCCUACAGAAAACUGGCUCUGAAAUAUCAUCCUGACAAGAAUCCAGAUAAUCCAGAGGCUGCAGAAAAAUUUAAAGAGAUCAACAAUGCCCAUGCAACCCUGACUGAUCUGUCCAAGCGAAACAUAUAUGACAAGUAUGGAUCAUUAGGGCUCUAUGUGGCAGAACAGUUUGGUGAGGAAAAUGUUAACACCUACUUCAUGCUCUCAAGCUGGUGGGCAAAGGGCCUGUUUGCAGUCUGUGGUUUGCUGACUGGCUGCUACCUCUGCUGCUGCCUCUGCUGCUGCUUCAACUGCUGCUGUGGAAAGUGUAAACCAAAGGCACCCGAGGGGGAACAGCAGGAGUUUUUUGUGUCUCCAGAAGAUUUGGAAGAGCAAAUUAAGAACGACAUGGAAAGAGAUGGAGAAACUCCUAUUACGCUACAGCCGACUAACGUCACUGAGAAGACACAACUGAUUGGGGACAGCCAUCGGAGCUAUCACACAGAGUCCUAGGGCAGGCAAGGGACCUGCUGGGGCUUCUCACUGAGUCUCACAGUGAGAAAAACAUGUGAUAAGUUCUGCAGCCUGUGUUUAUAGCUGUCUUUAAGCUAAUCAAGAGCAACCUGAGAGUAAUUUCCUACCAAGGCAGAAUCUCACUCUAUGCUACUUCCAAUAGGUUGAUACCUGCACUGUGUAUGGAGAUACCAUGGCCUGUACAGAGCAUGCAGGUCUCUCACAGCUUCAGAUUGUCUUUCCCUCUAAUAAUGUUCACUUUGGGAUAGCUGGUCUUCUCCCUGCCUGCAUCUGUAGUUUCACCUCCCAGACACAGUCUUGAGUCUCUUUAUGGACACACUGGCUGUCUCUCCCUACCCCAGGAACUUUCCCUGCACACAACAGUUUUGCUGGAUAUGAAAGAUUCCUGUGAGGGAGCCCCAGAAGUGCUCUUUAGCAGGUCUCUGGGGGAAAGUUGUUAGCAAGACAGAUGGGGGUCUCCUUCCCAGAGAAGAAGUGCUCUUUGGAGGACAGCUAGUGGCUUGCUGGGACCCAGCUCUGGCAAUUAUAAAUCCUGAGCCAAGACAAAGAGAGAUUUUUCUGAUGGUUGUUACAGUGCAGGUCACUCCAAAUCCAGGAGCCUUGUGCAGAAGCACAUAUAGACUCUCUGUCUUCCCCAGCAAAAGCUGCUAACCCACGGGACAAACCCUGGGCUGUCCCAGAGUCUCCUCCUCCCACAGGCCUGUGGCAGAGCUCCUCCUUUUGGUUCCCAGCCAACAGCUUUCUGCCAACUGGCUUAUCCCCACCAUGCCCUUGGCUUUUGGCCCUGCUGCCCUGCUGGCGCUGGGCUGGGAGCCAGCACCCCGGCACAGGCGCUGGGGCUGUGGGAGCAGCAAGGACUUGGCAGGGAAAGCAAGCAGCAAAGGAGUGAUGGUCCUCCUCACCAGCUCACUGGGGUAAGACUGAAACCUCCUGACAUGCACAGGAGCUUUAAGAGCACAUGGCAUGAUUUUAAAUAAAGAGGCAAGAAUGGGGUGUAUGUUCACAUAUACUACUGCACAAAUCAGUGGAGAUACAUGUGGGUAUGGCUGAAGGUAGCAUGAAGAACUUAGGCCACUAAUUUGUAAGAGCUAAAGGAAUACCUCUUAGAUCUUAAUCUUAGCACCUCACUGAUUUGACAUAGUAGUUUAAGCCUGAGGCAGCUGAAUUUCUCCUUAUUGAUCACUUUACAUCAAUCAUUGUCAGUUCUGUAUAUUGGCUAUUUUUGCAUGCUCUGGUCUAAAGGGGGUCACAAUGUUCCACUAAAUUAUACAGACUUGUGAAUAUAUAACUAGAUGAAAGUGUUGUUCCCUUGCUUAAAAUUGGAUCCCACAGUUGUAAAACAUUGUUAUCUACCUUCUAUUCUCACCUUUGACAUCGAAUGUCAUUCAGCUAAAUAUACUGGGAAAAGAAUGUGUUUUAUAGAACCAGCUGUAACACCAAAGUCAAGACAUACUACUUUCAAUGUUUCUUUAAAAGUCCCAUAACACAAGGAUAUUUUCAAGACCAUUACUUCCUGUUCAAGUUACAUAUCUGUUCUCUGGAUGCAGGCACUGGGGAAGGCCAUCACAUUGCCCUCAGAAAUGGCCCUGGUUUUCUGCUUCAGAAAAGAGGGAAGACACUGGCAUGGCUAGAGUUGUGCACAGGCACUCAUUUUGCUCCUACCCACAGGCUUCUCUUUGUCCUCAGUUGCAAUGAUUUUGGAAACCAUGUGUAUGUACAUAAUUCCAGACUGCCUUCUUACCUGCCACUGAGGAUGUGCCCAUCCAACCCAGUGGUGCCAGGAGAGAGAGACUGGUGCCACCAUCCUGGCACUGAGAAGACAUAACCCCAGUUAUAACUUCCAGUGGAAGCCAAGUGCUGAACAUCUUCCCAUCAGGGGGAUGGAUCAGACAGCACUGGGGUGCUGUCAGAGGGGCAGAGCCCAGAGACUGGGUAUGUGCUGUGGACACCACCACACAUGCUCCUCUUUUGGCUUUCUUUUGCCUUUCUUCACUAUUCCCCUUUUCAGGGUGUUUGUUCUGGUGUAGGAUGUUAUCCCCAGUGAAGGAGUAGGGAGAGCACAUAGUACAUAACAAAUCUGCAGGUGAAGUAAUUUCCUAAGUUUCACUGUCUGGUAGAGAAAUUUAGUGUGAAAAUGUCUAAAUGUUACCUAGUGACUAUUUCCAGCAGAGAGCUGAAAGAGGCACUGGGAGAAAAGUCUGGUGUAAAGCUAUGUUUUAUACAUGGAAUCCUUCCCCAUGUGAAAUCCAUCCUCCUUUUCCCAUGGAAGUUACUGGGAAUUGUACCCUUGAUUUCAACAACAGCUACAGAGCAGGCCUAAAGCCAGGGAGGAAGAAGUAAAUCCCAUAAUAGCAAAAGGAAUUGGGAAAUUCUUUCACAUGCAACACUUCUGAUGGGUCUAGAGGGCAACAGCCAAAGUUCACCAAAAUUAAGGAAAUUUUCUCCAUGGGCUUGAGAGGUACUGCAAGUCAUGUGGUUCUUAUUUACACUUUCUAAAUGGGAGCUUUUUCAUGGGAAAGAUUUAUGACUUGAUCUCACAGUGUGAAGCAAAGAUAGACAAGCUGCUACAUGUUUUAUAGACACAGGGUUCUGUACAGAAGAGCCACAACGCAUUAGUUAGCAUGUCAGUUAGCAAAAAAUCUCAGAACAAACCAGUGACCAAGCCUCUGAAGGGGUUGUCCAGGACAUGCAGCUUAAAGAGUGUCUGAAGUCAUGGUUUAAUUUCAAAUGGGCAACUUAGUUUUUAAAUACCAGAGCAUUUGUGUAUCUCAUUGAUGUGAAGAUCAGAUAUUCUGAGGACAUGUGGAGAUAGAAUGACAAAAGGAUUUCAGGAUUUAGCACUUCUAUGUGAUUUUAUUCCUUUGUUUGCUUUUCAGAAAAGUUCCUAACAUGAACACAUACAAACAUUAUCUGCUUUUGUGUACAGUUCAGUUGCAAACCCAAAAAUCUUCUCAAAAUGUACAGAGUGUCAAUUUUUUCUCUGUUUUGCUACAUUUAUUUAUAUUUAAACUUUCAUGUAUUCAAAUCUACCUUGGCUAUCAAUCAUUCUGACUAAUAAAGGUUGUAUGUAUGAAUUG